AUGGUGGCACUCUCCUCUCUCCAAACUAACCUCCAUUCUUCUGUAAAUACCCACCAUGUCCCCUUCUCCUCCUGCAAAUCCACCUCGCCAUUUUUGCUAUACUUCCGUAGCACUCCCAGGAGGCCUCAGGGUUCAAAACCAAAUGGGGUUUAUGCUUAUAUGGAAGAAAAGAAUUCCAUUUCAAAUUUUGCUAAUAAGGUCAUCGGUUCACUCCCUGUUGUCGGGCUUAUAGCCAGGAUUUUUAGUGAUGAAGGAGGUGUUGGAGGAGAUUUUAUUGAUUUUGCUGAAUUUAGAAGAAGGGUUGGAAAGAAAUGCUCCAUUAAUGAUUCUAGAGCUUUCUACGAGUUCAAAGAUCGACGUGGCCGGGCAGGGGAUCCUCUGUAUGUUCUGCUGUGCUGUUGGCUGGCUGCAGUUGGAGCUGGUUUGCUUAAAUCUGAGGAGAUAUUGGAAGGGGUUGCUAGGCUUCGAAUUUCGAACGAUAUUGAAUUUGAAGAAGAAAAUUUUAUUGCAAUGAUGAACGAAGCAAGAGAGAAAAGGGCAAAACUAAGAUCUCCAGUCCCAUCUAUUCCGAUGGUAGUUCGGGCAGAGAAAGCCCUUGAAGCUAUUUACGUAUGUUGCUUUGGGAGAGAUCCGUUGGAAGAAGAAGAUGAAAGACUACUAUCUAUCAUACUCACUGCCGUCUUCCCCACAGUUGGGCGGCCACAAAUAGAAACAAUCAUAAAUGAGAAAGCAAAGAGAUUGGCUGAAGGAACAGACGAAAUCAAAAUUCUGGAGCCUAUGCCCUUAUCGAAAGAAGCUGUGCAAAUGCAAAUGAAGGACUUGCAAUUCCUUAGACAAGGAGACGAGACUUCUUAA